ACUUUCCCCUUUUCUUGCGAGGAAUCCUAUUCGGAAUAAAUUUCCCUUUAAAAAAGGGAACGCUUGACAGCUAUGAUUCGGCCCCCGCUCCCGCCCGCGACUCCCCAUGGGGCAAGUGAGGUGGUCUUGCCCAGCCAUAGGAUCUGCUGGGAGAGGAGUGUACCAACGUCCGGAAAUGGGUGGGGAGGCCAAAGCCAAAACGAGGAACUGAAGCAAAAGCUAGUCAGUGUUACCACAGCUUUAAAGCAGAAAGCUUCCUGGGGCGAAUAAGCUCAAUAGUGGCUGGGGAAAGAGCGGGCAUCCCCCGCACCAUGAUCUGCUAAUGGUACGGUCUGAAGAGAUUGAGUCCCGCGCAUGCGGGAGAGCAGAAACACGGAAAUAAGAGAAGUAAAGAGUCAACCCUAGGAGCUUCACUUCCCUUGCGCUGUGUUCGCGGCUGCUCUUUCCUCUCCUCAGCCAUCGCACUAGAGGAGAAGGUUGGGGGAGCCAGGCUGCAAGCUUAUGCACACUUCCCCGCGAGUAAACCCGGUCGAAGUUUGUUAGAUUUCCUUGCUGAGUAAACAUUGUUUGGGGCUGCGCUGAUCAUAGUCCCCAAUUUAAAAGAAAGAGCCAGGAUAGAUAGCUUUCUCCUAUUUUCCUUAAAGAGAACUUAAUGCACCUUUACCAAGUGCAUAAUGACAACAACCCCCCCCCCCACACACACACAAAACCAGCUGGAGGCGGAGGUUCCCCAGCCUGUACGUGCUUCACCUAAAUUUCGUAUUGUGCUGCUGCUGUCAAAAGUACAAGCGCCCAUCCCUUUAGUAAACCUACUUUUGGCUAGUGCCUUGUGAUGGCUUUGUGGUAGCAGAUCUUAUAACAUUUCUUUUUAAAAAGAGAAACGGCACCCCAGUGUCCCCCUUCAACCAACCAACCAAAAGUAAAUAUUCCUGCAGAAAGAUGCAUAUUAUAAAAAGCAAACCAUAGCUGUGUCUAUAGGAAGAAUAUUCCAAGCUCCACAGUUGGGUAAUAACCUUUAUUAGGGUCAACUUCAGAAGCCUCAAAAAAGGGGGCAAGCUUUAGAAUUUCCCAGAUAAUUUAUGGAGAACUUAAAAGCACAGUUUCUGUGACACCCCCCCCUUAUUAUUUUUUUUAAACGGUCUUUAAAUGGCUUGCAACUUCCUAGCUGAAACAGGGUUUCAGGUCUGACGGGAGUUGGGAGUUGAGCUGAGGAGGGGGCAAAAGGAAAGGUUUUGUGGGAGCUCCUGAAACAGCGGUCGGAGGAGUUGAUGCAUGUGCGGAGAAGGAAAAACACAGGGAGAAAGAAAUGGCAGGGGGGAGCAAGCUGAAAACAAAGAAAAAAUUGCAAAUAGAAAGCAGUGAGGAGUCAUGGCCAGGGAGGAAGUGACAGCAGGUCAUGAGCUAUAAAUAUUUUUAGUUAAUAAAAAGGAGUGUUCAGGAUGCUACUGGUGUUCUCUAGACAGCUAUUUUGGGGUGGAGGACAAAGUCCAGCGGGGGCACCUGCUUCCUCCCCCCCCCUCCACCAAUGCUCUGCUUGUGGGCUCCCCAGAGGUGCGAAAACAGGAUGCUGGCCUCUUGCUGGGACACCUCAGAUGAGAGAGGGAAGGGGAAGAGGAAUUAGAAGUCAGGCUAGGACCUGGGAGAACCAGGGUUCGAAUCCCCACUCAGCCAUCAAGCUGCCUGGAUGACCUUGGACCUGUCUCUCAGUCAACCUUGCAAGGUGAUGCAAGAAAGGACUAAAGAAGUAAAGAAGAAUGAAGUUUCCCUGCCUUUCCUUCCGGCAACCUUAUGCUGGGUUGGUUUUAAACGAAGUAAAAACAAUAGAGACCCGUUGGCGACCAUUGCUGGCCCAGUACGAGUCCUGUACCAUUGCUGUCCACAUUGCUUUUAAAGACUGGGACGACAAAGCCUGGAAAGACAUCCUCACAAACAGGCUUGGCAUGACAGUGACUAAAAUUGAAGAGCUAUUGGAUGCAGGUGAAAGGUUUGGAAGAGGUGUUGUGGCAGGACUAAUUGACAUUGGGGAGACAUCACAGUGCCCAGAACUCUUGCCUCCUGAAGACAUUUUGGUACUAGAAAAUAAAGCCAUCCUCUCAGGCCUGGAGCAGAAAUACCUGACCGUUAUUUCAAACCCCAGAUGGUUGUUGGAACCUAUUCCUACACGAGGACGCAAAGAUGUCUGGCAGGUGGACAUCCCAGAGGAACUGAUUCCUUCUUUGGACUACUCCUGAAGAUAUUUUUCUUUAUGGUCCCUUAACUCUACAUUUUCCAAGCUACUGAAGUGGAAUAAUUUUCUUCUACUGACCUUAAUGUAGACCACUAUUAUAAAGUGAGCAAGUGCCUUAUACCUUGGUGUUAUCACUCUUGCAAAUGGAGAACAUUAAUGGAAUAGUUGGGGUCACCAGUAAAAGUAUGCUUUGUUGAAGCUUCUUAGAUGUGGAUUGUUGUGAAUUAUCCAUCUUAGGUCCAAGCUAUCUGAAAGACCGUAUCCGCCCACACAAACCUGCCCAGAUGUUGAGAUCUUCAUGGGAGGCCUCUCUCUUUGUUCUGCCACCUUCACAGGCUUGCACAGGAGGGGAUGUGGUGGAGGGCCUUCUUGGUGGCUACUCCCAGACUUUGGAACUCCCUUCCUAGAGAAGCUAGACUGGCUCCCUCCUUGUUGUCCUUCUGCCAACAGAUGAAAGACGUUUUUGUUCCAACAGGCUUUGGGAAACUGACUGCUUUUAAUGAAAGGGCUGGUGCCAUGCCGUUUUUCUGUAAUUAUUGGCAUGUUUCAAACAGGUCUUAAAUACGUAUGUAGUUUUAAUUCUAUCAUUGUUUAAUUGUAGUUUAAUAAUUGAUUUUCCUGUUUUUAAUGGUUCUUGUUUUUAACUGUAAACCACCUUAUGUUCCAUCAGGGGGGGAAAGAGGAGUAUAAAUAAAUAUUAAUCAUCAUCAUUUACAUGCACAUUAUGGAAUAUUAAACACUUUUUCUUAAUUAAGUGAAAUAAACAGAUCAUCAGUUAAUCCCAUUCCCUCCCCCAGAGCUUUCACUCUUAAUUCCUCUGCUCAUAUUGGGUCUAUGGUCUCAUCACAAAUGGCUAAUCCAUGCCCUCCAUCCCUUUUUAGUAAACUCAUUUAAAUGCUCCAUUCAAGUCUUCCUCACUACUUUGCAACUGCCCUUUCAGCUUCCUAUGCCCCUUGUGCUAUUUGUGGAUGUAAUGCUGUACACAGUACUAUGCUUCUAUAGAAAUGAAUCCUGUUACAGUGGUACCUCGGGUUACAUACGCUUCAGGUUACGUACGCUUCAGGUUACAGACUCUGCUAACCCAGAAAUAGUACCUCAGGUUAAGAACUUUGCUUCAGGAUGAGAACAGAAAUCGAAUAGCAGCUGCGCAGCGGCAGCUGGAAGCCCCAUUAGCUAAAGUGGUGCUUCAGGUUAAGAACAGUUUCAGGUUAAGAACGGAUCUCCGGAACGAAUUAAGUACUUAACCCGAGGUACCACUGUACUUAGAAAUGCUAUGGAUGUUUAUUAAACCUGCUAAGGAGGAUGUGGUCUACUUUUCUUUAGAUCAGGGGUGGGUAACUGAUAACACUCCAGUUGUUCCUGGGGUAGAGUUCCCAUCACACCUGGCCAGGAGUCAUCCUGGCUGGUGCAGAUGGGAACUGGAGUCCAGCAACAUCUACAGUGCCAAAGGUUCACCAUCCUUUGUUUUAUUAUGCUGCUCAGCCACACUCCCUUUCCCCAUAGGUCAGUGGUGGGCUCUGCUAUGUUGACCAAGACUAAGGAUGACAGGAAAUGCCACCUCAGCGACCUUGGCAGCAUAGGGAUGUAAAGGUAUUUCUGCUUCUGCCUUCAAUGUGAUGUUUUAUUCUAAGAAUGUUUGGCAGGUCACUUGGGCCUCUCAGAGGUAUAAAGUGAGAUUUUUUAGCAUUCUGAAUUUUCUUUGGGCCAUUGCAUUUUUAGUGUGCACGUAUAAAAUCAUCUAUGUAAAAAGCAUUUAUGAGUUAUGACAGCUACUUAAGAUUCACAUGGAUUGCACCAUUUUUAGAACUCCCCUACUAAUUGAAAUUGAAAUACUUUAUUGUCACUUGUACAACUUGUAUACAGUGAGAUUACCCGAGCACCCCCCGCUCAGCUCUCUUAAUUCCCCUCGUUUACUGACACUCACCCACAUUGUUUUCCUCUGCAAAAUGAGCUACAGGACUCUGCAGCUCCCAGCCCGGAGAACUACAUUUUGGCACUUGGGCGAACCACAAAAUGGCGCCUUCCCUCCCCACCAGAAAAGAAAGGGUGAUUGAAGAUAGACAUCAGUAUCUGCUGCCCUGUGAAUCCUGCUGCCUAAGGCAGUCGCCUCACUUUGCUUCAUGGGUGGGCCAGCCCUGAAGUGAGCCCUGGCAAGCAAAGUAUUUCAAAAAGUGAUUAUAUCCAUUCUUUCCUUCUUUCUACUAAUUCUGGACAUCUUAAAAGCUUGUUACAUCUACAGGUAGAUGUUAAUAUUUAACAGUCCAACUGCUCUUUUAGAAUAUGACAAAUUAUUAUCUAUGCUUUAAUAUUGCUAUGUAAUUUACUUGCUGUUAUUGUAAUUUUGAUAUAAUGUGGCAUCCAGUGUACCGGUACUUCUGAAAUACUCCACAAUAAAAACAGUAGCUACAUUUCAAUACAGUACCGUAUAUGAAAGUA